CCAGAAAUCCAUUACUCCCAGAUCCAAAUCACCUUCACAUUUCUACACUCUCGCACAAAUACGCACAGAUUCAUCUCUCUCUCUCUCUCUCUCUCUCGCUCGCUCUCAUUUCAAAUAAAAAUUGAUGAUACAGAGAUCAUAAAGAGAGCAUGGAUUCACAACCUUCCCAAUCAUCGGGAAGGUUCUCACUGGACCAAUUCAACAACACUCCUAAAAGAUCAUCAUCGUCAUCGCUAUCGCACUCGCUAUCAAAAUCGAUCUCCGAUGCGUCGACACAAAGCCUCUCGGCGAUUCUCAACAAUCCUCAAUCUAACUCCGACGCCACGUGGGCGAGCUGGUGGUCCCCGUCCACCGUCGUAUCGCCGGCCGAAUUCGCGUCAAUUAACGUCACGAGUGCGAAAGCCGGCUCGGAGAUUAGUAAAUCGCAGUUCGAGCCGUACUCGCUGUCGAUUUUCGAGCAGUUUAAUCGGUUUAAUGAUAUUCAAUCGCAUAGGAUUAGGGAGAGUAGUGUUGAUAGUGAUGGAGGUCAAGGUGAGGCGUUGGUUGCGUGUUUACGAGAAGUGCCUGCAUUGUAUUUUAAGGAGGAUUUUGAGUUGGAGGAUGGGGGAACGUUUCGUGCUGCGUGUCCGUUCUCAACUGCCAAUGAGAAUUUGGUGUUGCAGGAGAAACUGUCACAGUACUUGGAUGUUGUUGAGCUGCAUUUGGUGAAGGAGAUUUCGUUGCGUUCUAAUUCGUUUUUCGAAGCUCAGGAGCAGUUGGAAGGGUUGAAUGUGAGGAUUGUGGAAGGUUGUGGUAGGAUUAGGGAGUUGAAGGAAACAAUUAGGAUAUUAGAUUCUGAUUUGGUUGAUUCUGCGCGGCAAAUUCAGGAGCAUAAUUCGACGAGGAGCAAUUUAUUGGUUUUGCAGCAGAAGUUAAGGCUUAUAUUGAAUGUUAAUCAUGCUUUGUCAGCUCUUAAAUUGCUUGUUGCAUCGGCAGAUUGUGCUGGAGCUUUGGAUGUUACUGAUGAUCUGCAGCAAUUACUGGAUGGGGAUGAGCUGACUGGUCUUCACUGUUUUCGUCACCUUGGGGAUCAUGUUAGUGGUGCACUAGAUUCAAUAAACAGCAUUCUUUCAGCAGAAUUUAUGCGUACAUCAAUACAAGAUACUGGAGACACGGAUGCGAUAAUAUUAUUAAAAUCAAAAGCAAGGGCAACAUCAGUCACAAAUGGGAUAGAUGUUAAAAUUAAUGAAGAAGAAAUGUCUAAUAUUCGAGAUCAGCUACUUCCUCUUAUUAUUGGUUUGCUUCGAACUGCAAAGCUUCCAACUGUUUUGAGAUUAUACCGUGAUACACUUACAGCAGAGAUGAAAUCUGCAAUUAAGAUGGUAGUUUCAGAACUACUUCCAGUUCUUGUUUCGAGACCAUCAGACUCAGAUUCCGCCCAAGGAGAGAGAGUUACUGAUUCAGAUAGUGGAGGGUCAUCACUUGUAAGUAAGCUUAAGACCCUGUCAGCGGACAACUUUGUUCAGCUUCUGAGGACUAUAUUCCGUGUUGUAUGGGCACACUUGGUGCGGGCGGCUGAAGUAAAAAAAGCUAUUGAAUGGAUCAUGUGCAAUCUUGAUGGUCACUAUGCUGCUGAAUCAGUUGCUGCGGCAAUUGCUGUUGGUGCAGUUACUGCAGAAGCAUCUCAAGAUUCUAAUGCUCAAGGUUCUUCCUUUCUCCCAUAUCAUCUCCCAAGAAACACUGCAGUGCCUCCUUCAUACCAGGGAAGGGGAAAGGAUGCAACUUCUUUAUCGAAUAUAUCAAGAAAUUUCCGAGCUGAUGUUUUAAGAGAAAACACGGAAGCUGUCUUUGCUGCUUGUGAUGCGGCACAUGGAAGAUGGGCUAAGCUCCUUGGGGUUCGUGCUGGUCUUCACCCGAAGUUGAGGUUGCAAGAGUUUUUAAGCAUGCAUGAUAUCACUCAGGAAUUUAUAACUGCAACAGAGAGGGUAUAUUUUUGCUAUUUUGCCUGUGUUUUUAUUUCUUCUGACAUUUCCCUGGAAUUAUCUUUUUAUAUAUUUGUGGUUUUAUUUCAUAUUAUGACAACAUCACAGAUUGGUGGAAGACUGGGUUAUAGCAUUCGCGGAACUUUGCAAUCACAGGCCAAAGCCUUUGUGGAUUCUCAGCAUGAUUCUCGAAUGGCUAAAAUAAGAGCAGUACUUGACCAGGAGACAUGGGCAGAAGUCGAUGUUAAUGAUGAAUGUCAGGCCAUCACGAAUUCAUUGUAUUUUGAGGAGCCUCUUGACGGUGGAGAUUUAGAUGAUGCUUCAAAUAGUGUUGCAAGAAGCGAAAAUGAAACGGUGUCAAGCAGUAGUUCAGUGAUAGCAGAUGGCCAAGAAACAAACUCUGUGCAAACCCUCCAGCGUACUAAGUCUACCGAAGUAUCUCCAGAUAUUGCAGCACAAAUAAAGGUAUCAUCUUCAAGUGGGCCAGUUGAUAAUAGUAAAGCUGAUGGUACUGCGCCAGGUCCAACUAACAGUGCUACUAAAAAGGAUCGAACGCUUACCUUUAAAGGUGUUGGAUAUCAUAUGGUAAACUGUGGCUUAGUCUUGCUGAAGAUGUUGUCGGAGUACAUUGAUAUGAAUGAUUCUUUGCCGGCAUUAUCUUCUGAAAUUGUUCAGCGUGUUGUUGAGCUCUUGAAAUUCUUUAACACAAGGGCUUGCCAGCUGGUCCUUGGUGCUGGAGCCAUGCAGGUAUCUGGUCUGAAGUCUAUCACUUCCAAACACUUGGCUCUAGCGAGUCAGGUUAUAAGCUUUACUUACGCCAUUAUACCUGAAAUCAGGAAGAUUCUGUUCACCAAAGUGCCCGAGAUACGACAGCCAUUGCUACUGGCCGAAAUUGAUCGUGUAGCACAAGACUAUAAGGUUCAUCGAGAUGAAAUACAUACAAAGCUUGUCCAAAUUAUGAGAGAAAGGUUGUUGUUUCAUCUCCGUGGCUUGCCACAAAUUGUUGAGAGUUGGAAUAGAACUGAAGAUAAUGAUUCACAGCCAAGUAUAUUUGCUCGGUCUAUUACAAAGGAAGUUGGCUAUCUUCAACGUGUCUUAUCACGAACCUUGCAUGAAGCUGAUGUUCAAGCAAUAUUUAGGCAAGUGGUUGUAAUCUUCCACACCCACAUUUCAGAUGCAUGUGCUCUAUUAGAGAUUAGCACACCACAAGCAAAAAACCGGUUGUAUUGUGACCUUCAACAGAUUCUUGGAUGCAUCAGAUCACUGCCAUCUGAUGAUUUGAAUAAAUCUGAGAUCCCUAAUUGGGGGAAGCUCGAUGAUUUUAUAGUACAAAGAUUUGGUGGCGAAGAUAGUCAGAUAAAAGUUGAUGUAUAGUUGUAAAUUGGUUUCUAUUUCAAUCCAACCAGUUUUCAAAGAACUGUGAUGGUAUUAGAGAAGCUGCUUUCAGCUGCGUGAAGGUGUUCAGUUUUUUUUUGUCGACAUACUAGUUUUUGAAGACUCACCAUCGGUAGCUGUUCGGCAAUCCAAUAUUGUUCCCAUGAUUGUAAUUUUGUGGUAUAGCUGGGACCUGUUGUAACAUUUGUAUCAGAGAGAACAAGUAUAUGGUGAUUUUCCAAGUUUGCCUUCUGUUCUUUGUCUUUUUAGGAGGCUCAAUCAUGUCCAUAUAGAGUUAUUGUAUCGCU